AUGGAGACCAAGAAGCGUCUGUCCCUGGAUGGGAUAGGCCCCGGUUCGGGCCCUUCAGCCCUACGCCGACUUACUCGGAGCCCCAGUCACCGUCUAAGUCUUCGACGUUCGAGCACAGAGUCGACCUCGUCGUCCGUCUCCGCCUCGGUUUCGGUAAUGUCGGAUGACAGUGAAGCAUCGUCGACCGCCUGCGUGACCCGUGAUACGGCACGCGAUGAGUGUGCUCUUCAUCGAUUCAUCGUCUGGACCGCCGUCAAGCGCAAUGAAUGCGACAAGAUGUCUGCCCAGGAGAAGCGGGAGUGUCCAAUGCUGCGCUGCCGCAAGCGAUUCCCUAACCACGAGCUGAUGCUCCAGCAUCUAUACACCUGCGACUGGCUCGCCGCCGGUGAGAGGAGAAAGAUCAUGUCCAUGGCCAAGAACUUCUUCAGCUCCCUCGGCCACAAGUCCAAGAACUCGACCCUGGCCGACCUCGACCUUGACCUUGACGAUACGGAAGCGCCCCCAAGCUACGACUCAGCUGUGGCCCCGCCAGAGGUUGAACUGUACUCGAACGAGAUCCACGAGAUCGACUCGUGCGAGAUAGCGCUGCCUACUAUUGUGGAGGAUGAAGGUGAGGCAGACGCCGCUCCCGUUGCGGCCCCCAUGCCUACCCCCAGCAUCCCGCCGCUGCCUAUCCAACCUCUGCCUACUCACCCCGCAGAGCUCGAAUCAGGCGCGACUCUGUGUGAGCCCCUCCUUGACUGGAACACUCUCCCAGAUACAGUAGCUCCAGUGAACCUCAUCGACCCUGGUGCCAAUGUAGGACCGGAGCGGCCCGUCCUCCAGCUCCAUAUCCGUACAACGGAUCUGGAUGAGUACCGCAGACAACAAAAGACCCGAAGCAAGGGUGCAGUUGCCCCUAGUACUUCGGUCCGCUCGACCGCCAGCACCAACUCGACAGCGAGCACAAACAGCACUUUGAGCACAGCGAGCUACAACAUCUCGCCCGUCUCUGCCUGGUCAGGACCUUGGGCGAGGACGACGGGCUUCGAGUCCACUUUGACUUCACCGGCGGACGACCUAGCAAGCCCAGGAGGCCUCCUCAGGACGAACUCGUUCGCCAUAUCCCGCAAGGCAUCCACGGCUAAGGACUGGGGCACCUACAACAACGAGCCAUCAGAGUCCUAUGACUCCUACAUGCCGGAGCUCCCCGCAGAUAUGCCUAUGCUUGGUGCCUUGUCUGACGAUGACUCUCUUCAACCCCCUCUUGCACUUGACCAACCCAUCUUUACCUUGAACGACUCUCCCCUUCCUACCUCAGACUUCUCACUUGGAUCCAACCUUGCCCUCACUGACAACAAUGCCACAAUGCCACCCUCACUACCUCCCGCGCAGGCGGUGCCGACGGUUGGAUACUACCACAACCCUCGGUCACUUGUCGGCACAGCGUGGGGUGCUCUUGAGAUGCACGUCGCCGAGUCCAUGACCAAGCUACAGCAAGUGACCAAGAACCCUCUCGUCAGCCAACUUCGAUCCAUGUCGGCGCACUCGAUAGCCACCAACGGUCUCGAGACUCUUGCCGAUAUACUCGAAGGCCGUCAGCCAACCGCCCCCGUAAAGCUUCUCUGUUUUGUCCACCUGGUCUACUGCUUCUCCCUCGUCGUUCAUGAGCAAGAUGCUCCCAACCGGUCAACAGACCUCUUUGGUCAAGCAAUGUCGUACAGUGCCUGGUUCUCUCGUCAAGAUCGUCAACACUACAUCCAAAUCGUCGAUGCCUUGUGGAAGCCCGCCGAUAUGACUGAAGCGGAAGUCGUUAAGCUCGUUAGGGCCAAGGCCUCUUCUCCCUCUGUAUCACGGUCUUCGAGCUUGAAGGGCAAGGAACGUGAACAGGCACCUGUCCCCAACGAUUCUCUGGCAUUUGUCUCUCGGUACUUCUUGGAUCAGCUGGAAUAUGCAACUAUCCAGGUUAUGGAUGAGCCUGAGACUCAGGCGUCUGAGCUUUACAUGCAACACGUUCACGAUCCCUCUAUGGCCAUGCACGUCGGUUCACCCUAUGCUAUUGCUACAAACUUUAUGCUCAAGCAUAGCUUCCAACCAUACACCGAUAUCCCCGCCUUCGCUGCUAGUCUAGACGACCUAGUCCAACGUGUCAACUCAAACUUUGUAUCGACGUUGCGGCGCCUGGAACUCGAACUGAUGCAUGCUGGAAAGAUGUGUUUGCCCUCGGAUAUCUACUUUGAUCACUAUAUCGAACACGUUAGACAACAGAUGGACUCGUUGUAUCACCAAAACAUUCCCCAAACACAUACUCGGUCAACCUACUAUCGUCACGGCGUCAAGUUUAUUGAAACGAUUAUUAAUACACUGGCUCAACCAACUCCGGCUCAACCGGUACCAAGCGCAACCCCUGCAAUUUCGGCACUCGAUAUCGAGGAAUUCUUUGAGGCUAUCACUCCAGACCCAUUCGACUUUAACCAGAAUGGUGUCUUUAAUUCAGACGCUCCCAUUGAUUUCCCGGCCAUGCCGGAUACUAUCGACCCUUACACACUGAAUCCGCAACCACUCCCCACCCCGGCAGAUACGACGUCGGUACGUGGGCCUUCGACGGCAGCAAACUCACCACCGUCACCGGCCCAGGCGGGAUCUUCUUCGGCCAAGGUCAAGUCAAACAGCUGCUGUGAUAUCUGUGGCUAUAGGCCAGAGGGCGAUCCUCGCUGGUUCAGCGGAAGCAUGGCCAAGCACAAGAAGCUGCAGCAUGCGACGUCACCACCAAAGAUCUACCGCUGCCCAUUCCCAGGCUGUACCAGUCAGUACAAGAACCGACCAGACAAUCUACGACAGCACCAGAUCGAAAAGAACCAUUUCGUUGAUGGGCAAGAGGGUGCGCGACGGCCGAAGAAGCGACGCAAGGUGGAAUGA